CUUGAAUACAUAAGAAAAAAAAAAUUUUUUUUUUUAUUCACCUUUUAUUUUGUUUAGCAUCAGAUACUUUUCUUUUCUUUUGAUAAAAGAUGUUUAUUUACCCAAGUUUCAUGUACGAGCCAAGAACUCCGCCAUCAUUUUACCCUCAUACAAGGAAUUAUCCAUGUUCUUAUCAUCAUAAUAAUUAUAGUAAUCAACCUGAACCUUUUUAUUAUUCUACUCCGCGAAAUUACUUUCCAUUUGAUGAAGAUCAAAGAGAACAAUUAUUAAGGGAACAAUUUUUACGCAAACAACAAGAACAUGAAAGAGAACAAGAAUUAGAACGAUUGAAAAGUUUUUAUGAUCAUAAAGCAAGGCAACAGAAACAACCGGAAGUAUCAACGUAUAACACCAAUUAUCAACCAAAAAAAUCGUUUAAAGUAAAAAUUCAGAGUGAUGAGGACGAAGCAAAAGCCAAAAUCAAUAAAUCUCAAGCGGCUCAUAAAAUAUAUAAUUUUAUUAAGAAUCAAUCGGCAAAUAAACAAACUCGUAAAAUAUUAAAUAAAUUACAUAUACUUCAUAGAAUUGAGAAUGAAUUAAAGAAAAUUCAAAAAACGAAGCAUUUAGGAAAUUUAACAUUUGAUACUAAAGAAAAUGGGAAACAAAUUUUACCAAUUUCAAUCGACAAUAAAAAAUUCCUAGAAUAUGAAGAUAAAAUUGUUAAAUCAUUUGAUAAAUUGGAUGAAAUACAAAGCGAGGGUGUUGAUAUUAUUCGUGAUAGAAGGAAAUUCCUUGUAAAUUUUGCUCAAACGUUACUAAAUGAAUUGGACAUUGAAAAAGAAAAUCAAUGGAAAGUAUUUUCCAUGCCCCUUGAAAAUGAGGGAAAUAAAAAUAAUGUUUAACAAAAAAAUUAGAAUCAGAAAAAAUAGAAAAUCCAAAUGAAAAUGUUUGAUACCUUUUUAAGACGGGCGAAUAAUAUGAUAAUUUUUUUUAUUAUAUAUAUUUUUGUAAAUUUUUUUUUCAUAUUUCUUCUUAAUAAAAAUGUAAAUU